GAUUUAUUAGAAAAAACCAAUAUAUGUAGAGACGCUUGAAGCCAUAUUUCCCUCCAUAAAUAGACUAAGUUUCCCUCCAAAAUAAAAUAAAAUCACUUACAGCCGUCGCCACCGCCAAUUACAAUCAAAUCACCCAAUUUUUUGCAACCGCGCCGAUCUCCCAGUUCUUCAUUUUUGAUGAUGGAUAUUGAUAAUGGGAAGGAUGGCCUCAACGCUAACUAUCUUAAGCUUUACUAUGGCAAGCUUUUCCCUCAUGCUGAUAUUUUUAAAUGGAUGUCCUAUGCAAAUGAUGGGAAGCAUCCAGCCUGCGAUAAUUCCUACUUUGGACGAAGAGAGUUUUCGUUCACAUUGGAUAACGAUAUUUAUCUCCGCUUUCAGUCUUUCAACAGCGAAUCUCAACUCGAAAGAUCUAUUAAAGAGAAAUGCCCGUUUAAGAUAGAUAUCGGCCCUGUUUACAGUGUCGAUCCUGCCAAGAGGCAUGCCUAUAGCCAAAGUGGGGGUAAUGUGUUUGCUCCUGUGGAGAGGGAGCUAAUUUUUGAUAUUGAUAUGUCAGAUUACGAUGAUGUUAGAUAUUGCUGCUCAGGAGCUGAUGUUUGCUUGAAGUGCUGGCCACUAAUGACGAUUGCUAUUAAAGUGAUUGAUACUGCACUCAGAGAUGACUUUGGUUUCAGUCACAUUCUCUGGGUUUAUAGUGGUAGACGAGGUGUCCAUUGCUGGGUAUGUGAUGGGACAGCAAGAAGGCUCACCAAUGAGCAGAGGGCAGCUAUUGUUGAUUAUUUCCGAGUAUACAAGGGAAAUGAGAGUAGUAAUAGAAAGGUUUCUUUGACCGGUCCUGUUCUGCAUCCUUUUCUUGUGAGAUCAUAUGUCGAAGUGCUCAAGGACUUCUUUGAGACGAAAUUGCUUUACAGUCAGGAAAUAUUUUCGACUGAAGAGAGAUAUGAGAAGAUCUUAGAGAUGAUUCCUGAUGAAUCUGUUGCUUCUGAGCUUCGAGGAAAGUGGCAGAAUAGUAAGCAACACUCCAGUUCCAAGGAGGACAUUAAUCUUGUUCGAUGGGAACAGCUAAAGCGUACAUUACAAUCUGGACAAAGGAAGGCGCAAGGGCUCCGUAGAUGUGUGGAAGAGAUUGUAUUUUCCUUUACUUAUCCCAGGCUUGAUACAGAGGUCUCAAAACAUAUGAACCAUUUGCUGAAGGCACCAUUCUGUAUUCAUCCAAAAACAGGACGUGUCUGUGUGCCUAUCGACCCAAAAUAUUGUGAUGAAUUUGAUCCUACUUCUGUGCCGACAAUUUCUCAGCUUUUGGAAGAAGUUAACGCGGGAGGAGCGAGGGAAAACGAUGAGAAGGGUAAUGAAGUAGAAAGAACGUCGCUCGGAUUAUCAAUCAACUAUUUCAGAUCAUCUUUCUUGAAACCUCUUCUCAAAUCUUGCAAGGAAGAGAUGGAAAGUCGCUUUAGUGCAAAGCAGCAGCUCUCCAACAACUCCAUCAAGUGGUAAUACUUUUCAAUUUGAUAUUGUAAGGCAAAUGUAAUGACAUUUGCUAUAUUAUUAAAACUCCUUUGGAACUUGAAAUUGCAAAGAAUGUAUCUACUUACUUUUGUUUCAGUGCCUAA